CUUUGGUUAUUGACAGAAGAUAAUACAGGGUGGCUCUUAUAUCUUUCACCACACGGUGACUAUGUUUCAUCGACAGGGCUUCCAUGCCGAUCCCGUGAAUCUCCAGGUCUCAUUCGGCAAAGACGAAACUUUUUGGACUAAUGUAUUUCCAACACGCCUACUGGCCUGCCACGAGAAGGAAGUUAGGCGGCUACCAACAGUGUUAAAAAUAAUACGUUGGUUCGAAGUCUUCUUUGCCUUACUUCCUCUGAAGCUUGUCCUCAAACUAUUCAGGUUCUCUGAGGAAUUCACCAACACAAUUGCUCUACCCAUGACUGCCUUAUUUCUAGGAACGGGGAAUGGUACCCCAGAAGUUCCUACCAUUAUGUUUGAGAGACUCUUUACGUCGCCAACGUACGGAAUGUGGUAUGCUCCUGAUAAAAACGCCUUCGUCAAUAACAGACCCCCGAUGAUUGUCUUCCCCAAUUUCUCCGAAUUUUACGGCGCUUGGAUGAAGGAUCUAAUCGCGCGUGGCGUAAUUGUUCGCUUGUCCACAGAGCUCACCGAGAUCGUCCAGAGGAAUAAUCGCGGGGUCAUUGUCGAACUAAAAGCACGGACGCCUGUACCCGACAGGCAUAACCCCACUGGGGGCGAUCCGUACGCUCCAGUUACCGGGGAGGUAUAUGAUGAGAUUGUUAUGUGUUGCCUCGCUGACACGGCGAAGAAAGUCUUGGGUCGAACAGCGACCUGGAGGGAGAAAAAGGUACUAGGGUCAGCCAAAUUUAGUGAUGACAUUACCAUCACUCACAACGACUCAGACUAUAUGAAGAAGCACUAUGAGAACUUCUACCGACAAGACUUAGCGGUUGCUAAGGUGAACGGUGUGGGGCAAACGUCGCGUCUUGAUUUUGCGGUGAGUAACUUCAGACCGAUGUAUUAUAUCAAGAUGUACCCGGAGGAUCAGUCGAAACUGGAGAUGUGCUUCGAUACGACGAACUACCAGUGCCAAUUCCCGGAUAAGGUUCCCUUUGAGCAGCAUGUGUUCCAGACCAUCUAUCUCAACAAAGACCGCGAUAGGAAUCUAUGGACGGACCAUGAGAUCAGAGAGGAAAAGAUCAUUCGAAAAGACUGGUGGCAUCAGCUUUGCCACAGCUAUACACACUAUCUCUUGGUCGUACCGUGGAUGAUGUUUCUUCAAGCGAAGAACCAUACCCGCUAUGCGGCAGCAUGGACUCUGGUUAACGCUCACGAAACUGCUGUCAUGUCUGGAAUCGCUGCCGCUGUAGACCUUGGGGCGGAAUAUCCCGAGGAUCUUGAACACGACAAGUUUGCGUUUUUCUGUUUUCGGCUAUACUACCUUCUCGUGUACGGCAAGUGGUAUCAGCGCAGAUACACUAGUAAGCAAGGAGGAGAGCGCACGACGCAGGCCGCCAGAGAAGGCAAGAGCUGGGCGACGGGGCCAUACGGCGGUGUAUACGAGGGCCCCGGAGUAUCAAAAACGGAGCGGCAGACGUGGAAAGAGGGGCUCCAGAAUGGCACCAGCACUAAGAACUUGGCCGAUGGGAACGCAUCCGGGAGGAGCCAGCCCUGAGCACGACCGUUCUAUGUAAAGACAUGUUCUAGAACGAAUUCGGCACGGAGUGCGUGUAUACCCGAGCGCCAUGAAUCCGGAAAUCUGCCAAUUCAUCUUUUCCAAGUUCCAGGAUUCGAGUUCAACUAUGGUUCGAACUGCACUACGAGAUACUACCCUUCUUAACUGUCACAGGGGCACGAGCCACACUUGUGCGGUGGCCUGCGGCAGUCUGCGGUGGCUCGACUAUCUACCUGUCUUUCCACUUUGUUGGUUUCUUCCAACGUGUAAUAUGCGUUGAGCCUCAAUAUUAUAUAAGUGAACCACGAUUAGAGGCAGUCUAGUUUAGCAAUUCACGGUCUAC